UAGACAUCGAAGUAUCAUCAGCCUGAUCAUCGAGCACUUCUCUCUCUUCCUGUUAUUAGCUAUAGCAGCUUAAUUAGCUUAAGCACAAAAGGUACAGUAAGCCUAAGCUAGCUACACACUAAGCAAGCUUAUUAGCCAUGGCUUCAUCACCAAGUCUGCCAUUGGUGACGUGUGCCCUGCUGCUGCUGCUGGCCGUGGCAUGCCAGGCUCACCCUUACUGGCCACUGGAGUUGGCGUACUACCGCGACAAGUGCCCCCAGGCCGAGGCCGUCGUCAAGGCCGUCGUCGGGGAGGCCGUCCGCCAGAACCCCGGCAAUGGCGCCGCCGUCAUCCGCAUGCUCUUCCACGACUGCUUUGUCGAGGGUUGUGAUGCUUCGAUCCUCCUGGACCCGACGCCGUUCAACCCGACGCCAGAGAAGCUGAGCGCGCCGAACAACCCGUCCAUGCGGGGCUUCGACCUCAUCGACGCGAUCAAGCACGCCGUGGAGGCGGCGUGCCCGGGCGUCGUCUCGUGCGCCGACAUCAUCGCCUUCGCGGCGCGCGACGCCACCUACUUCCUCAGCGGCGGGAAGGUCUACUUCGACAUGCCGUCGGGCCGCCGCGACGGGACCUUCUCCAACGACUCCGGCCCGAUCGACUUCCUCCCGCCGCCGACGUCCAACCUCAGCGACCUCGUCUCCAGCUUCGCCGUCAAGGGCCUCUCCGUGGAGGACAUGGUGGUGCUCUCGGGCGCCCACACCGUCGGCCGCUCCCACUGCUCCUCCUUCGUCCCCGACCGCCUCAACGCCUCCGUCUUCUCCGACAUCGACGGCGGCUUCGCCUGGUUCCUCAGGUCGCAGUGCCCGCUCGACGCGACGCCCGGCGGCAACGAUCCCACGGUGAUGCUGGACUUCGUGACGCCCAACACGCUGGACAACCAGUACUACAAGAACGUGCUCGACCACAAGGUGCUCUUCACCUCUGACGCGGCGCUCCUGACGUCGCCGGAGACGGCGAAGAUGGUGGUGGACAACGCCGUCAUCCCCGGGUGGUGGGAGGACAGGUUCAAGGCGGCCAUGGUGAAGUUGGCGAGCAUCCAGGUGAAGACCGGGUACCAGGGGCAGAUCAGGAAGAACUGCAGGGUCAUCAACUACUGAUUAAUCUACAAGUUUAGCUGCGUGAUUCAAUUACCUGGUGAAGUACGUGCUCAACGAUGACGACGUACACGGUUUGAUAGUUUCACACCCUCCUUGAUCAAGUCGCAAGCGUACGUGUUGAUGAUGUUAUGAUUGGAUGUGACUUUUGCUUCACAUUUAUGUUCUCCCUCUUUUGUUACCAUUCCUUAAUUCCUCAUUUGUGAACCCCAAGGUUUACAUGCUAUGGAUUUCUUUGUUUUGACCUAAUUGUGUAAUAAGGUCAUAUGUACUUGGAAUAAUUGUAAGUUAAGUUUUUUGCAACAAGUGCCCGCUAUAUAUUGAUGUUUAUCUGAAAUUUGAAAAGAGAAA